CAGGUUGCUACUGCUGUGGUUAGGGUUGCACACCUAAAGGUGAAGCGUGACCCCUGACACUGAACAAUGGGGAGACCCAGGAAAAACCCUGACAGCACAGCCUCACCUCGUCAGGCUGCAACUGUGCCCAAAGCCACCCCAGCAGCACCCCGUUCCUCUGCCUCCUCUACCCAGGCCAAGACAACACCCACAGCCAGCCGACCUAAGAGUGCUCAGGCUGCUGGGAGUUCAGGCACCAGCAGGGCACAGACAGACAAGCCAACCAGCAGCACCACUGCCAGAAGAGCCGGGCAAAGCUCUUCCCAAUCAAGGGCCACUGCAACACAUGGCAGUGAUCAAGGAGACCCCAAGAUAAGCUACAGAGUGACAGCUAAGAACCCCACAGUAACUAGUGGAGGGAAACCUUGCUCCACAACAGCUAAAGCAACUGCCGGUGCCGACCCCUGCCUGGGAGGGAGUCAAUCCAGCCGCUCUCGAGCCAAUACCACUGACCAGGGCAAAGCAAGCAAAUUUCCCUCCCUGUUGACAAGAGAAGAUGUGGUGAAAGUGGAGAGGGAAACCCGGGGCCAGAGGGACAAUCCCAAGUGGGAUGAGUGGCGGGAAAACCGCAUCACAGCCUCAGUCGCACCCAGGAUCGCUAACAGCAAGUUUGUCAAUGGCAAGAGCUCAGAGGUGCCCCAGUCUUAUCUCAAGGCUGUGGUGAGCUCCGGGUCCAAAAUGCAGACACCAGCCAUGUCCUGGGGCACCCGAAAUGAGAAAAAGGCAGUGCAGGCAUAUGAGGAGCUCCAGUCCAGGAGGACAGGUAAGCCUGUGAAGGUGGAGGAGUGUGGCCUCUUCAUUCACCCAGGGAAGGAGUGGCUCGCAGCCAGCCCAGAUGGAAUU